CGGGACUUGUAGUUUUCACGACGGGAUUGUGGGAGUCGUGGUUUGUGAGCAGCAAGCGAGGAGGCCCCGCCGCCCCGAAUAUCAGAACUUCCAGCUCCUUGGGCCCGGCCUUCCAGCUGCCUCUCAUGCCUGUGUGUAACAGGUCCAUCGGUCAGAAGUGAAUCACAGCUGGCCCGCCAUGAACUGGAAGGUUCUUGAACACGUGCCCCUGCUGCUGUAUAUCCUGGCAGCAAAAACCCUGAUCCUGUGCCUGGCCUUUGCGGGUGUGAAAAUGUACCAAAGGAGAAGCCUGGAAGGAAAACUGCAAGCCGAGAAGAGGAAGCAGUCAGAGAAGAAAGCGAGCUGAAGAGACGUUAGAGAAAGCCUCCAGCCUCCAGUUGUUCUCCAGCCUGGCUGCCCCACCCGCACAAGGACAAGUACGUGAAUCCCCCAGCCUGCUGCAGAUGGCCGUGAAUGCCAGGGAAUAAAGUCUGCUCCUCAGAUGAUAAAGAGGCAACGACUGUGGUGACAUUAGUUUAACUGAGGACAUCUGCACUGAUCUCAGCCUUGACACAGGCUUCAUUCUAUGCUCUCAGUAAAGGCCGGCCAUAUGUGGUGGUUUGGGCACGUGUGACUCCAUUUUAAGGCCUUCAACCCGUUGUCCUGAUGAGCUACCCUGGGCUCAGGGAAGCAAGGCAGCUCAUGCAAGGCCUCAUCACUAGCAGGAUUCCAGCAGGGGCCACUGGCUUCCAAGCUCAGUGUGCCCUGUGACUUUCUGCUGAAGUGUCUGUGUGCCAUAAAGCCUCGUUCCACACUCGUGCUAGUGCCGCCAGAGCACCAGUUACAGUGAACUUCCUCUUGCUUGCUUUCCUUGUCAUUACCCAAAGCUUCAAAGCAUCAGGGCUCCAAACCCUGUUUUACUUCUAGAUGAGAAUCACUCCUGCUAGCCCUUCCUGGUCAUCUAAUACCCAAUUGAUAUGCCGUUGCUAUUUAUCCUGCUCUGCACACUCACGAUGCUUUAUAGGGUGUCCUGCCUCCCCUCCACUCUGUGCUGAAAUACACUCUUGUUGCAGUGCAUAGCUGACGCUGGCCAGUCUGCUGGGUGCUACCCCACUGACUUUCUUACAAGACAUAAACGAGAGAAGGAAGCAAGCUAAGCAUGGCGGUUGUGAGCACAAGCUUGUCCUUACAAACUGACAACCUGUGGACUUGAUUCACCUCUCAGCUUUCCUUGUCUGUCAAAUGGGGAAACUGAGGGUAGCAGCUGCCUGGCGGGGUUACCUCGGACACGUGACAAACAAGGCAGUGUGGGUGGCACCUCAGCUGCGAACUGUGUUUGAGUCUUAGCUGCCCUGUGCACAGCAGCAGCCCACACAGGUGCUUUGCACCCCAGGUUUCCACAACUGUAUAAUGCAGAUCCAGUUACUCCUACAUGGCAACUGUUGUGAGGAUCAGGUUAAUUAAAUUGUGCAAUUAAAUGAGUAACUGGGUCAUUUAGGCAUAGACAUAACCAGCGACCAGAGAGCUGGCAUCAGAAUCCAAGAUUCUUAUCCUGCAGCCCCAUAGGCUCAUAGGGAGUUGUACUGGCUAUUUUUGUGUCAACUUGACACAGCUGAGUUAUCACAGAGAAA